UGGAAGCUCUCCAAGAUAUCAGAGCUUCUUGUCUUUCUUUGCUUCUUAUAUCACUGUCGCAGUCUGCUUUGUGCUGCACGACGGAGCUUCACACAUGUAGCGAAAAUGAAGAAGAUUCUUCUGACGUCAGCUGUGGCGUUUUUUCUUUGGAGUUUGUUUGUGCACUUUAGCCGUACGACAGGUCUUGGAAUCAAUGAGCUGCUAUAUUUUCGGGUCAUCAGUCCAGAGGAUAUUGGGUACAUAUUCAGUGCUGCACCGGCGAAAGACUUUGGAGGAAGUUUUACUUCAACGUAUGAGGAAAUUUUCCUGGUGCCAGCAGACCCAGCAGAUGGCUGCUCUGACCUGAAGGACCAAAAAAUUAUUAAUGGACAAGUAAUCCUCGUAGAAAGAGGAGGUUGUUCCUUUAUACAAAAGGCCCAGCAUGUGGAGGAAGCAGGAGGCAAAGCUGUUAUAAUUGCAGAUAAUGUGGAGGAUAACGACAGUCAGUAUCUCGAUAUGAUCACUGAUGGGAGUGCUGCUAAACCGAGUAUACCCGCACUCUUCCUGCUGGGACGUGACGGGAUGAUGAUCAGACGGUCACUUCAGAGACAAGCACUGCAGUGGGCUGUCAUUUCAAUUCCUGUCAAUGUUUCUUCUUUGGCUUCUUUUCCUCUUAAGCAACCCCCGUGGACACUGUGGUGAAAUAACACAUUCCUUCAAACACACCUAAUGGUCAGUCAGUCAUCAGUUUACAUCCUGUCAACAGUGAAUAGACCCACAGGCCUUACAGGAAAAUUAUCUGGUGGCAGUUCAACAGAUUUGCAUACUUUAGUUUUGGGUUAUAAACGCAACAAAAACACACAGAAGGGGCAGAGGCUGGGGAGCGUAUGAUGCUGUUAAGGUGAUGAGGUUUUUCACUGAGUAUGCCUCCAGCUGUAUGUAAUCAUGGUUACUUCAGGGGGGAAAAUAACAUGGUAUAAAAAAAUCACCACACCUUGUUGUGUACAGUUUGCUCUCUCCGUUCCAGUAAUGCAAUCAGUUGUGU